AUGAUGCUGCGGUUGGUGCAGCGCGCGCAUUUAUGGGAGGACCUGCAGUCCCUAAAAACGCUUGGAAGAGUUUCGUCGUCUAGUCCCAUAUCAUCGCUCUCGCCGUUCCUGGAUCAAUUUGGACUUCUUAGAGUAGGCGGUUGCCUCCGGAAUUCGUCAUUGGACUUUGAUGGCCGCCACCCGAAAAUCCUUCCAAGGUCCCAUCCGGUGACUCUAGCAAUUAUCUCGCAUUAUCAUGAAAGCAAUCUUCAUGCCGGACCUCGGGCUCUUCUGGGUGCAAUUCGAUCCCAAUAUUGGCCUAUUGGGGGGAGGAAGACGGUUACCAAGGCCGUGAACAGGUGCAUCAGAUGUUUUCGGAGUAAGCCGCGGCUGCUAGAGCACAUAAUGGCGGACCUUCCCAAGGAGCGCUUGGAAGGAUCUCACGCUUUUGAGGUGACUGGUAUAGACUUCUGUGGACCCUUCUUUCACAAGUCGGAUUGUCGCAACAAGCCCGCGAUUAAAUGCUACGUCUGCGUAUUUAUAUGCUUUGCAACCAAGGCAGUGCGCCUGGAGCUGAUCAAGGAUCUCUCGACAGUUGCGUUUCUGUGCGGACUCAAGAGGUUCAUAUGCACCCGGUGGAAGCCGAAGCAUAUUGACUGGCGGUUCAUCCCUCCACGGUCGCCCCAUUUCGGUGGACUUUGGGAAGUAGCGGGUCGACUGGUUCCAACGGGGGACCGGGAGAGCUUGGGCUAUUGA